AGCUCAGUACCUAAACUAACUCCAGCAAAAUCUCUCUUCGAUGUCAGGCGGAGCUGCAUUUUGUAUCGGUACAUAUAAAAGAGACACCACGUGGCCUAAUGGGUGAUGCGCAAUCGCAACGAAUAGAAUCGGAGUUGGAGGGGAGAUUUUUGCCGAAUUCGAACCCGAAGAAUUCAGUUACCAGAGUGCAGAUCUCCAGCACGGACCUGACGAUUAACUGAAUAAAUAAUUAACAACUGUUCGCAUCGCCGGAUGUGAAUUUCUAGUUGUUGAAGGAGUACUAUUCACUUGACAGCGGAUUUGUUAAUAAAUUCUUUGGUUACUGAUGGUGAUGAUAUACUAUUGUCUAAAAACAUUUUCUUUCAUAAUGGUAUGUAUCCCGAUCUUAUUUUUGUAGCCAGGAGACAUACUAAUCCUAUGUAGGUCACGAAACAUCAGGGUAUGGUUUUCAUAAUUAUUUUGUGUAAAGCACCAAUCGACGCUUCGAAAUAUAACCAUUGUUAGAAUAGGGGUGACAUGUUGUGGAUAUAGGAUAAUUACCCAAAUAAGACAAAAAACACAAUAUACAUUUUAGCAUUCCUUAACAUUUUUCAAUACUUGUUCGAGACGUCAGUAUAUACCAUUGUAUGCCAACAAAAGUGUCAAAAGGAAUAAAUUCCAAUAUCAUUUUUUGAACUCUCUUUAAUAUAUAAUAUUAGCACGAUUUGGCAUGCCGCAUGAAACAAAAUAUCAAUAAGGGUACUCACUAAUAUAAUAAUGUUGUAUUACAGUCCCGAUGAAAACGAACUUGAUAUGUCCGACAUUCAUGCUUCGAAUGCGGACAAUGAUGAACCAGAAACAUUGGAUCUUCGUCAGCAUCCUGUCCCUCCGUUGGACAAUCAUCCGUUGGAUUAUAAAACUGAGCAGGUUUGUCGUAAGCGUCCGAGGAGUUUGCUAGAAAGCAGCCCAUACUAUCACCAAGAUGAAUUAGAUAGUUAUCGAAAACGUCAAAAGCUUACUAUGCAGCAUUAUUACGACGAAGCAUAUUCAAAUGUUGAAAAGAAGAUUCGAAACCCAUUUCUGGAUGAAUCGCUUAUGAAGCCUUUGGAUUCAUUCGAAAAUUAUGCUAGGAGCACAAUCAAUCCAAUCAACUACACUUUAACUGCUGAGGCAAUCAAUAGACGCAUUAGAAGUACUCUGGGACUGGAAGAAGAGGGUCAGAUAGGCUUCGAUCGACAGAGACCUCCCUCGAAUGAUGAAUGUUGCACGGCAAAUCCGGAAUGGAUGAUGAGGAGAAAUGCGUACGGCGACAACCCAUUUACAAUAACAUCGUCACAGAUGGAUAUAAAGCCACCAACUUUUCCUCACGAUGAUAACAACAAUGUGGACAAAAAGCCGUUUCUGUAAAGUAACAAGUUCGAUUAUAGAAGAUUGUAGUAAUUUGUAUUUGUCAAAGUCUGGCUACGCAAAAAAUAUCGAUUCGAUAAACAAUAGUAACGUAAAACCAUUUUUGCAUGAGGUUAUAAAUCUAUUAUUCUGGUGUAAUCAAAAACUGACAAAAAAUGAUACAAUUACAACACAAUGCAGACUUAAAUUUCCAAAAUUAUUCUUAAAGUUAGGAAGUAAAACAGUGCCAACAUGAAAUGUUAAUAUGUUAUAGUUAUCAGUUCAUUGAGCAUUUGGAAUUGGACCUUGGUAAACGGUAGGAACUGAAGAUGAUAUAAAAUUCCUAGACUGAUUAGAUAAUGCGUACGAGUAUCAAAUCAAUUAGAAGUAGAAGUAUUUUUUGAAUAUCUGGAAUGAACUUAUUACCAACAAUGUAACGAUAUUAUUACUCAACGAAAUGGUAAACUGAAAUGGGUAAUUAAUAAACGGCGUUCUGAUUUAAAGGA